AUGAAUGUGUCGACCCAGAUCAAGACGUACUCCUGGGACAACGCCCAGGUGCUGCUGGUGGGGAACAAGUGUGAUAUGGAGGACGAGCGGGUGGUGGCGGCAGAGCGGGGCCGACAGCUGUCGGAACAACUGGGCUUUGAGUACUUUGAAGUGAGCGCUAAAGACAACAUUAACGUGAAGCAGACCUUCGAGCGGCUGGUGGACAUCAUCUGCGAGAGGAUGUCCGAGAGUCUGGACAACAACGACCCGUCCGUCACCGGCAACAAGCAGGGCCCGCAGCUCGGGGAGCAGCCGCAGAGGUCCACUCAGGACUGUGCAUGCUAAACAAAAACACACUCUCUCAAACACACACACGCACACACACUCACACUCACACUCACACACUCACACUCACACUC